CUCAAUCACUCUUGAUGGUCAAAGUUUUUCAGUUUCUCUCGCAAUAUCUGUCGCCCCUUAAUAUCACUGUCAUUUUUCUUCUCUCAUCAGUCUCCUAAAAGUCUUUUCAUUCGAUGGUGCUCAAUAGCAAACAAAAAUCAUUCAAUUAGCCCAUCAAUCUAUUAAUAAAAGUGAUUUGUUUGGUCUGUGCGAGAGGAAGUUGUGCUUGUUAAAAUGUGCUAAAGAAGUCCCAUGCAAAAAAAAAGAUGUAAAAGAAGGGGCAGAAAGGAAGAAGAGAAAUUGCAUAUUUCCUCUCUGCGGCAACUUUUCUAACGUGAUUGCGUGUGUGGGUGGUGUUGGGUGAUGAGUGGAAAGUUCUUCAAGGAGCUUACAGGAGAAAGGAGGCCAAAGUUGAAGCAAUAAAUUGGUUUAAAAUUCCUACAAAGUGCAAUAUGUCUGUAGACAGCAAUACUCCACUGGAUCCAAGAGUUCAGGUGGAACUGGAGAAACUCAAUUCAGCGACUGAUGAUAUAAAUAAAUUUGAAGUGGAGCUCGAUGAAGCAAAGUCUGAAUUUAAGCGACUUCUGGCUGAGAGUGUGGAAAAAAUCAAACAAUCAGCUCAUAAAUUGGGAAAUUCCAUUGAAACAGCCAAGCCGUACUAUGAAGCACGUCUCUAUGCUUCCCAAUUGGCCAAAGAGACACAAAUGGCAAGUGUUAAUUAUGAAAAAGCCCGAUCAGUUCAUGCUGCAGCCAAGGAGAUGGUCUACCUGGCUGAACAGGGCUUAGGAGAGAAAUCAACUCUAGAUACAGCUUGCCAGGAAAUGCUCAGCCAUGCUGCUAGUCGUGUCAAUCAGUCACAGCUCGAGUGCACGGAUACUCGAAAUGUACUGAAGAUUUGCGAACUUAAGCAGGAAGUGGCCAAUAAUCGCGUAGCAAAGCUUCAAGCACAGCUAAAAAGUGCAAUUAGAUCCUCAAGCAUGAAUAUUCGAAGAAAUCUUCUGUUAAUUAAUUUAUUGGCCUACCAGCGAGAAUUAUGCUUUUUGCCCUACUACGAGACUAGGGCUAACUACAAUGGAUUGCUAAAGUCUCAAAAACAGAAAGUCAAUGAUUUGGAGGCCAGAGUGUCAGAUGCCAAGAUGACCUACAAUGAGGCUCUGAAGAAUCUCGAGAGGAUCUCAGAGGAGAUUCACAAAAUGAGAAAGGAGAGACAGGCAAUUGAAGUGGAGUAUGGUGCUUCGAAUUCUAGUCAAAUUGAGUCAAAUGAUGAGUACCUGGACUUUCCGCCAAAGUUAUCCACAAAAUCGAGUCCUGUGCGGCAACAGAGAUUUCCACCGCUCGAUUGUCCGCAUUUGCUGCGUGACAUUGAUGUAAGGAGCUUUGGGGGAACAUCCUCGGAGAGCAAUGGGUAUCAGACGGACGAUACGUCUCCGAUUAAAUUGGAUGGGAUGAGUAAUUUGAAUGUGGACGAAUGGACGGAGAUUAGAUUGUCAAAUUCUGAAAGUACAAGCUCUGGAUAUUCACAAAAUACAAAUGGGGCAGAUGAUCAAACUCCCGUUGACAGUGAUAGUUUCAGUUCAAGUGAAGAGAGCCGCAAGGUGACAUGCACAACAGUUUUCCAGAAUGAGGACGAUGGGAUUGUGGGGAAGAAGAAGAGUGAGGGAAUUACAACGUGGAUUUCAAAGUCUAGUCUGAAGAAUACGGGUCGAAGGCAGAGCCUGGAUCUGCUGAUUGAUGCCAGUGAUAAAGUUAAGGAUGUCUUUGCACAGGGAUUCCAGAGGGUGGGAAAGACCCUCGAGAGGAGGAAUAGCGAAUCAGAAGUCAACAGUGAAAGCCAUGAUUUCUUUCUCUUCAAGUCAGAUAACAAAGAUGGAUUGUCGGAUGAACAGGUGGAAAAUUUGAAUUUAGAUCAAGAUUCCGAAAUUUACCGGAACAAUGACAUCGACAUAUCCAAAAAAUAAGAUUGAUGAAACAUUAAAAAAAAUAUAUAGAGAAUUAUUGUAUCAAUUCUUUAAACAAAAGCAAAAAUGUUAAGUAGAACUUGGAGAGGAACAACAGAACUAGGGUGGUCUAUAAGAAAGAUUUUUUUGUUUUAUUAUUUAUUUUUAGAUUUAUAGGGUAUUUCAGAGAGGAUUGACUUAAUCCACGAGAAACUCUGCACCCGUUUAAUUAAGAUGGUUUGCAUAAAGGUUAAUUUUUCAAUUUCUUCCGAGACAGAGUUAAAUCAAUUGAAAUUGAAGCUAUAAAAAAGGAUAAAGGUCAAACAAUUUUUAUUAUCUCUGGAGAAAUUUAUGGAAAGAGCCCUUUUAAAUAUGAAGAAAGUGCAAUAUAAAAUAAGAAAUCUGAGAGGGAAUUCAUCAUAGAGGCAAAAGGAACUUUAUCGUAAAUCGUUAUUUUUUCUACCCUUGAAGAUUCAAAGCAACACUGAGAAAAGAAGAGGGUGCGAUUAACUUUUUUUCCUCGUAACUUUAACACUUUUUAGGUGUAAAAAUAUAUCAACAUUUUUUAAUGUUAAUUUUACACCUUUUUAAGUGUAAAAUUAACAUGAAAAAAGGGUAACUUUAACCCAUAAUACACCUAAAAAGCAUAAUAUUUACACCGAUUUCGGAUCAAUACUGCGGGGUAAAAUAAACAUUUCCGGAAUGUUAUUUUAACUUUUCGGAUUUCUCUCAGUGCAAUUAUGUUUUACUUUAAAAUUUCAAAAAAAAAAGAUUUUUUUGUCACUCAGUUUCUGACACAGAAACUUACGUCCUUACAUAGUUGAGAAGCUUAAUAAGGAGCUGUGGGAUAAUGUAUUUAAAGCUAGAGCCUCUUUUAUGUUGAAAGGUUUCGAUUUUUAAAUGCCCUUUUCCUUUUCUUUUUCUCAUAAUUUGCCCCAGGUUUCCUAGCAUUUUAAACUGGCUCAUAAUUCAUCCAGAAUCCACCUCAAAAUUAAAUAGGGAAAAGUACUUUCCCUUCGAACGUUCAUACCUUUGAAUAGUGUGAGUUUUCUUUAAUUUUUUCUAAGAGACUUCCACAUUUCUAUUAAAUAUUUGUCAAUAAUUUGUCAUUUGUAAUAAUUAUGUGUAGCCUCCUACUGUGUUAUCACACUUGCACAUUAAAAUUUUAAUAUGAUUCACAUUAAUUGUCGCUGGUGAGAGUCCAAAUGUGUAAUUUGUGUGUUUGAAUCAUUUUGUAUUCAAAAUUUGAUCUAUUUGUUGAUAAAAAGGUAGACUUGACCCGCAAAAUUUGAUAGAAAUCGAUUUAUAGCAUUAAUGCGAAAAAUUAAUGCGAUUUUCUCUUUAAUUUUUUAAUGUGAAAAAUAUUUAUGCUUUAGGUAAAUUUAAACUUAUUUUUGCAAUGUGAAUCACAUUAAAAUUUUAAUGUGCAAGUGUGACAACGCCGUUAGGAAAUUUAAAAAAAAAAUGCGAAGGCAUGAACGUUCGAAGGGAACGUACUGUCUCCUACAGUUUCGUGCAAUACCUGCUACAUUGGCAAGGCAUUUCCAAUUGAGAUCAGUUCAGUAAUUUCCACGUUCAAAAAAUCAGAACAGCAAUUUUUUCGGUCAGAUAGAUUUUUUUGGUGAAUUACUGAAAACCAUAAAUUGAUAUCUCCUAUCGUUUGGGCUUUAGGGUGGAUACAAUCGAACGAAAAAACGGACAAAUACCGAAAUCCAGCUUUUCUCGAAACUUCAGUAUUCUAAUGGCUCCAGCACGCCUUUUAGACCAGGGAGACCGGCAGUGGUAAGUCGGCGACAGACGCAACCUAGGCACAUUUUUGGGAAAUAAAUAAAUAAAUAAAAUAAAUAAAUAAAAUUUCAUGAAAUCGAAAUUCGAAACGCUUUCCUUCUCAUAUGUUUUGAAUAUGACUAUCUUAUUCUUUCGCAUACCAAAUUCGAUUGAGCUAAAUUGAAUUUAGUGUGAUGUUUAAAAGAAGAAGAAGAGCACGAGAAAAUGUGAUAGACAUAUCCAAAGCAUGUGAGAAAGAAAGGGAUUCGAAUUUUGAUUUCAUGAAAUUUUCGUGAUAUAAAAGGUGUGCCGGAGCCAUAAGGAACGAAAUAAAAUUCUUGUUAUCGAAAUUGAAAAAGUGCAGAGUUUCUUAAGCUGUCUAUACAUUAGGAAAAAAUUUCAUCAAUAUUUCCAAUCAAUAUGUAAUAUUGAUGAAAAUCGCCUAUACAUUAGUAAAAUAUAUAGACAUAAAUUUGAAUUAUUGAAGGAAAUUUGUCUAGUGUGUAGGCAAUUUCUUCAAUAUUCUUUUCAAUAUGGAUCGUUUUUCUUCCAAAUUUUAUUUCAAUAUUGUAUGUAUACCCUUAUGGCCUCUACAUACUAGAGAAAAAUAUGUCCAUAUUUCACAGUUUUUCCUACACAAGCGUAGGGAAUUUUCUUCAAUAUGGACAUAAUUUUUUCUAGUGUGUAGAGGCCAUUACACACUGAGACAAAUAUCAUCAAUAUAACUCUUCCAUAAAUAUUAUUGAAGCUAAAUAUGGAAGAUAUUGGAAGAAAUAUUGAAGAAAAUGUUUAAUAUCAAGUUCAUUAGAUAUUUUCUUCAAUGAGGAAAUUUUAAAAAUCCACUAAACUAUACCCAAGUCUAAAAAAAGUAAAACAAAAAAAAAACUUUUCUUAUAAACUGUUCUAGAGCUGGAACAUAAAAAAUUCAUGAAACAUUUUUAGAGGCUGUAGAAUUGUACCAAAAUUUAUGGAAUUUUACUUGUGGUCUUCUCUAGUCGUAUUAUAUUAUUAUAUUGCUCUCAAAUGGGGAAUAAAUUUAUUCGCUCAUGCGCUCUUA